AUGGACGGUCUUGAGGUGGAUACAUCUCCUCGUGAGAAGACAUCUGCGGCGCAAGACUCACACAAGUUUGUCGCUCCACAGAUUCAACCUGCCGGUACCUAUGUAUCUUCGCCAUACUCACCGGAAUCGAAUGCAUACACACCUGCUCCUCAAUACGAAAGUCCGCCUUCAACGCCUAAUCGACGUCGGUCACUCCUUCCCUGUGGCCUUUCUAUCCUGGCAUAUACGAUACUCGUCGCUGCGGUAACUGCCGUCAUUAUCGGAGCAGCUGUGGGUGGAGGCUUAGGAGGAGCGCUUGCCAGCAAGUCCAAUAAGUCCGCUGUCGGGUCAUCUGGUUCCUCCUCUACCGUCACAAUGACCGUAACCAGCGCAGCAGCUACAGUCACAAUGACGGGAACUGGCACAUCAUCAGCAACCUCGACCGCGACUGGCGCCGUUAAGAACUACACACCUUUACUACCAUCGCGGGUCAAUACUACGGCGCUUGACUGCAACGAUCAGUCCACGUUAACUUCCGAGAGCGGAGAUCAGUUCCAGCUCAACUGCAACAUGAACUACGGUGGCAACGACAUUGUCGACUUCAUCGCUUACACACUCGAUGCUUGUAUCGAAGCAUGCUCAAGCAUGAACACAGUUGCAAAUGCCACCACGUGUCAUGGAGUCAUGUUCAACGCCAACAUGGAAACUGUAUAUGCGGAGGACAGUGGCAACUGCUGGUUGAAGUCGCUUAUGGCGGAUCCAGUGGUGGAUACUCUGCCUCCUUCUGUUGGAGCACUCUUGAUAUCGUCUUGA